CAACAAUCAAGAAUCAAACAAUUAACAGCAAAAUGAUCGCUAAGAUCGCAGCCCUACUCUGCCUAUUCGGUAUGGCUCAAGCCGGCUACCUCCAUGGCGCGUCAAGUCUUGGCUACGGCACUGGUCUCGGCUACGCAUCAGGUCUUGGUUAUGGAUCAGUCGGCUACCAUGGGUAUUCGCCAUCGUAUGUGUCAUAUGCUCCUGCUAUCUCAUCUGUUUCGAGGUAUAACGUACAUUCUCCGGUAGCGUCCUACGGAUAUUCUCCUGUUUCCUAUGGCGGUUACGGAGGAUACGGUGGCAUCUAUGGAUAUGGUCACGGUACUUACGGUGGUUAUGGUAGCAAAUACUUGUGGUAAAAAAUAAUUAUAAGUAGCUUUUUUGUGGAUUACCUAUAUUUGUGAAAUUCUUGCCAUAUCGCUGUUAAAUUACAUGUUUUUUGUCCAAAUAAAUUCGUUUCAUAAUAUUCUUUUUAUAGACCGAGCUUCAAUUUCAUUGUCAGUGUCCAUAGUUAUAAAUUAUAUGUAAUAUUCUUUAUUUCUCCUUGUUAUUUAUAUACAUUUCAACAGAAAUAAUUUGUGAUCGUUUUAAAUAAAUAUUUCUAUUUGA